GAUGAUGAUAGCCAAACAACAAUCAUGCCCACAACUCCUGCCACUGAUUUUCAUCACUCUAGGCCUCACUCAUGCCACCUAUGGAGGCUACCUGAUAGGCAUCGGGAGCUACGACAUGACCGGUCCAGCUGCAGAUGUGAACAUGAUGGGGUAUGCCAACAUUGGGCAAAACUCCGCUGGGAUCCAUUUCCGGCUAAGGGCGAGGGCCUUCAUUGUGGCUGAGGGUCCCCAGGGGGUCAGGUUUGCUUUUGUAAAUCUUGAUGCUGGAAUGGCUUCACAGCUUGUUACGAUCAAAGUACUUGAGAGACUCAAAUCAAGGUAUGGGAAUUUGUACAAUGAAGAUAAUUUGGCAAUCAGUGGCACUCAUACUCAUGCAGGGCCAGGGGGCUAUUUGCAGUAUUAUGUUUACUCUAUAACUACUGCAGGCUUUGUCCCUCAGUCUUUUGAUGCCAUUGUCACUGCAGUUGAGCUGAGUAUAGUUCAGGCUCAUGAAAACCUCAAGCCUGGUUCAGUUUUCAUCAACAAGGGGGAUGUAGAGAAUGCAGGAAUUAGCAGGAGUCCAAGUGCUUACCUUGUCAACCCAGCAGACGAGAGAGCACGAUAUUCAACUGAUGUUGAUACCGAAAUGACCCUUUUGAAGUUCAUCAAUGGGGAGAGCGGGAAGAGCAUUGGAGCAUUCAGCUGGUUUGCAACACAUGGUACCUCUAUGAGCAAAGACAACAGGCUUAUCAGUGGAGACAACAAGGGUGCUGCUGCUAGAUUCUUCGAGGAUUGGUUCACUUUCACCACCAAAUCAUCCUCCAAAGUCAUUGCCAACACAUCUGCUACAUUAUCAGAUAGCAGACUGAUUCAAAAGGCCAAGGAAAUCAACGCCACAGGAGGGACAAGUUGUGGGAAAACAACCAGCCAAAGCUUCAAAGUUAGGAAGAAUGAUAACUCCCGAUUUGUGGGAGCGUUUUGCCAAUCCAAUGUUGGAGAUGUGACUCCAAACGUGCUUGGCACAUUCUGCAAUGACACUGGAUUGCCUUGUGAUUUCAAUCACUCCUCAUGCCAUGGCAAUAACCAGCUUUGUCUGGGGCGUGGACCAGGAUACCCUGAUGAAAUACUGAGCACAAAGAUCAUAGGGGAGAGACAGUUCCAAACGGCAGUGGAUCUAUUCAAGUAUGCUAAAGAGGAAUUGACAGGGAAGGUCGACUAUCGCCAUACGUAUCUGAAUUUUACAGAUAUUGAGGUGGAGUUAGAUGGAAACAAUGUGGUCAGGACAUGCCCUGCAGCGCUUGGCCCAGGUUUUGCCGCUGGAACUACAGAUGGACCAGGUUUCCCUGGAUUUCAACAAGGAGAUACAGAGAUCAGUGAGGAGUGGAAGAGGUUAAGAGACUCCCUGAAAAAACCCAGCAAGUACCAAGAGGACUGUCAACAGCCCAAGCCUAUUUUGCUUGAUACUGGUGAAAUGUUCAAACCCUAUGCCUGGGCACCAGCCAUACUUCCCAUUCAAAUACUCAGGUUAGGGAAACUGGUCAUCCUUUCUGUGCCAGGAGAGUUCACAACAAUGGCAGGGCGGAGACUAAGGGAGGCAGUUAAGGAGACGCUUGUAAGUAAUGGAAAUGGGGAAUUUGAUGAUGACACCCAUAUUGUAAUAGCAGGUCUCACAAACACUUACUCGCAAUAUAUUGCAACUUUUGAAGAAUACAAGCAACAACGAUAUGAGGCUUCUUCAACACUUUAUGGUCCACAUACAUUAUCAGCAUACAUCCAGGAAUUUAAGAAAUUAGCCGAAGCAAUGGCAAAGGGAGAAAACAUGAUCAAAGGCCCACCACCACCAGAUCUUUCUUCUGUUCAACAAAGCUACUUAAUUGACCCUACUGGUGACUCACCUCCCCCUGGCAAAAAUUUUGGUGAUGUAAAACAAGACAUAACUAUACCAAAACGCGGCUCAUUCCAAAAGGUAGAAAGGCCAAGUGCCACAUUUUGGAGCGCAAACCCUAGAUAUGACCUAUUGACAGAAGGCACAUUUGCAGUGGUAGAGAUGCUUCAAGGGGAACGGUGGGUUCCGGCCUAUGAUGAUGAUGAUUUCUGCUUGUAUUUCAAGUGGAAAGUAGAAAGUGGUACCUUCUAUGGCCUAGCAACCAUUGAAUGGGAAGUGCCAGAGGAUGCUGUCUCUGGGGUUUACCGGCUAAGGCACUUUGGAUCAUCAAAGAAAACAAAGGAAUCCCCAACAGAAUAUUUUACCGGUGCCUCUAGUGCAUUUUCAGUGUCAUAAAGAGGAACUCACUGAGUUUAUUAGGCACAUGUCCUUUGAACACAGAAAAAUAAGAGCAGUUCAUCCUUCAACAUAUAGAUUCAUAAUGGAUACAUCUAUACCAAAAGGACUAAAAUGUUUGUA